GAAGAGGCGGGGUCCACCGAGAGAGUUUAGGACAACUUUGGUGAGCAACAACUUCAGGUGGAAUCUGUUGGGUUACCGCAGACCACUGGAUUACUCAAGAUCCCAAAUACUAUUACUAAGGGACAUACUUGAGUAAGAAUACGACUCCAGAGCGGACUGUGCAACUGUUUUCCACUAAAGUUCGCACACUAGAUUUGAUCCAGAAAUACGAAGGAUAAUCUGUGAGCUUCAGUUGCCGAAGUUAAACCUGUGAGAAGUUAUGGACAGAGGCGAACAGUCUGCUAUGUAGUACUUUUGGGAAGAAGAUUCCUAGAAGAAACUCGGACUUCCUGUUUAUCUACCUAUUGUCUGCUGUGCUGAACAGAGUCAUGGAUAUAUGAUGGAUCCAGACACUCAGUUGCUAUACCAGCUUCUGGCAGAAGUGCAGCUGGAGAGAUUUUUCCUGAAGAUCCGUGAAGAACUCAAUGUGACGCGUAUUGAGCACUUGGAUUAUGUCAAGGACACAGAUUUGGAAUAUAUAGGCAUCAAGAAACCAGGGCAAAGACGAUUAUGGGAAGCAGUCAAGCGUUACAAAAUGAAUAUGCGGCCACGGUCAUGGAUGUCGAAGGUCUUUCCUGGCCGUGGACAAGAAGGAGGUGACCAGUCCGCUGGUAGUACUGUGCCUGGUCCAGGUCCAGACACAGUACGAGCUCUUACCUGCCUUAUCCGGGACAGUGAGCUGGUGUUUGGGGAAAAGCUUGGCUCAGGCUCCUUUGGGGUGGUGAAGAAGGCAGAGUGGCAUACACCUACUGGACAAGUGGUGAAUGUAGCAGUGAAGACUCUCAGGACCAAUAUGUCCAGGGAGGCAGAUCUAAUAACAGACUUUCUGCAGGAGGUCACUAUCAUGCUCUCUCUGGACCAUCCCAAUAUUAUACGUCUCUAUGGUGUGGUCCUUACCCAGCCUCUAAAGAUGGUGACUGAGCUGGCUUCUUUGGGUUCUAUGUAUAACAUGCUCCGCACAUGGCGGAGCAAUUGCCCUCUGUCUCGUCUCUGGCUCUUCAGCACCCAAAUUGCUGCAGGAAUGGAGUAUUUGGAGUCACGUCAUUUCAUUCACAGAGACCUGGCGGCCCGCAAUGUGCUUCUGGCCUCUGAAGAACUGGUGAAGAUUGGAGACUUUGGCCUCAUGAGGGGCCUGGGUCAUGACAAAGACCACUAUAUUAUGGGAGCCAACAGACGUAUCCCAUUUGCUUGGUGUGCUCCUGAGAGUUUGCGUGUGGGCUUUUUCUCACAUGCCUCAGAUGUCUGGAUGUAUGGGGUUACACUGUGGGAGAUGUUCACUUACUGUGAGGAGCCCUGGCUUGGGUUGUCUGGAAGACAGAUACUGUUUCGUGUAGAGAGAGAGGGAGAACGCUUGCCAAGGCCUAUGGACUGUCCUCAGGAGCUUUACAGUGUGAUGCGGAAAUGCUGGGCCUGCAAUGCAUCAGAUCGGCCCACAUUCUCCCAGCUCACCUCUUUGGUGGCUGAGGCUAAGCCUUUGGAAGUGUGUGCAGUACGGGAUUUUGCAGAGGUCAGAAAGCUCACUCUCCGCGUCAAUGAUGCAGUGACCGUCAUAGAGCAUGGGAUGGAUUUGUGUGAGUGGAAGGGUCAAAACCAGAGGACACUCUCUGUUGGCUGGUUUCCUCCAACACUGACCGCUUCUUUCACUCCCUCACCGGCACCACCAACCGGUCCUAAUUCUGGAGCUGGUUUUAUUUCUACACCAGUCAGAGGAAGCUUGCAGCACACUGGACAUGGAGACCUCAAUCCAGAACGCAGCUGGGGAAUACCAGAACGACCUGACAACCAUGGAAACUGGAGAGCUCCUUUGGUGAGGGAGAAUCAAGAAUCCAAUCUAAGGAAAAUGGCAGGAAUGUCCCGCAGUCUAGAAUCUGUCCUGGGCCUUCCUCAUAACAAUGAUCAAGGUGGUAAUGGUAACUUUGUUCAGCGAGCUAAUGAACGAAAACCCAUCUCACCCGCCCAUGUCAAAGACACCCGCAGGUUCAGUGAUGCAAGUGGAAUCAACCCUCCUCCACGGCCGCCGCCACCCAACUUCAAGCGCCCAAAGCAUCAGAAUAUGAUUUUUGAUCGCCGAGCUGCUGGAAAUCCAGCUCCGGGUCCUUGGAUUUUUCCUCCUCCUCCUCCUCAUCCAAAUCCACAGUUUCCACCUCAGCAGCAGGCUAGAGGUCCUACCAACCUAACCAAGAUGGCCCAUCUGGCCAAAUCAAGCCCCCAGCUAGAUAGUGAGAAGGAAAUGGAGAAAGAAAGAGAGCGAGUGAAAGAAAGGGAACGGCUACGGGAAAGGUACCCACCACAACAGAACCAGGUAGAUAAGGAGACCCUGAAAGCACAGGUCCAGGCAGCGGUACAUGGAGUAACUGAUGAAGAGGUUGUAAAAGCCCUACAACGCAGUGACUGGAAUCCAGUGAGGGCAGAGCAGCAGCUGAAGGCAGAGCAGCUUUACCACUUGAGGCAAUGCUCGCGAGAGGACUGCUAUAAGAUACUAGCUCGCUACAAAUGGGACCUGCAGCAGGCCAGCUGUUUCGUUAUGCGCAUGGCUACUGAGAGACGCAAUGACCGACCUUAGAAACGAUAUAUUUCAACAAUAUAGAAAUGGUAUAUUUCAUAGGGUAUAUCUUAGUGGAGGUAUACUCCUGUGAGUUACACUUCAGGAUUCAAGGGGCCUGUGCCAACCAGCAAAAGGAGAGCAUGACUAAAUUGCCUUAUUGACCACUGCUGUGCCACUGUGGUGCUAUUCUCUCUUUGUGGUUGGAUCAUUCCCACGUGUUGGGGGUCAUAAUCUAACACCACCUCCAGACAAGCUUCAGAACAAGUAACACAAUUUUAUAAUGUGUUAGUUGCAUUUUUGCAACUAAAUGCAAAAAAAAUAAACAAUACAUGAGUGCAACAUGCAGGAACAGGAUUUCUGAUUCAUCACCUUUCAAGUUUCUUUGCUGUACACCUUGCAUUUUGAGCAAACAGAAAACAGCUAGUCGUGCCCUAUCACCUGUUUCAAAGUGGCUGAUUCAGUCAGACAUUUUACAUAAGAUGUGUCCUUUGAAAUAAAACCUGUCCGUACAUGGCUUAAAAGCAGCUUGCUUAGCCAGCUCCUACUUCCAAAUAUGUAGCAACUCAGCAUUGCCCCCUACCUGCCAAACAAACGAAUGGGGCACCCUCAUUCAACUUGCAGUAUCCAGACCAUCCUAUGAUGAAUCACACACAUCAGCACUCUGUACCAAAAAUGAAGGAUUUUUAAAAAUGUUUUACUUCAGUAUAAUUCAAGAAAAACUGUGGGGGGGGGAGGGUGGAACAGAAACUCAGAACUGUGUAUAAUUUUAUAUAUAAAAAUGUAGUUCAUUAAAGUGCUUUUUUUUAAUAUGUAUGUAAUAGGUUCAUAGAAAAAUGAUUUUUAAAUGUGUAGAUCUGAAUUAAAACUAGUACUUAUAUGAAUGUACAUCAAUGCCAACAGUAGACAGAACUAGUAGGGUGUCAUCAAUUCUGCCUCCUCCUUCUUCUGCUAUGGAGAAAAUAAAUUUUCUUUUUUUUUUUGUAAUCGCUAUAAUGUUAUGCUUUUUGCUAUUCUUGUGUGUUGCAGACAAACUUAAAUAAUUAUCAGUCCAAAAAUGAUCCAGUGACUUUCAUAAUGCAUGAAAUAUAUUAUAUUCUGAAGGAGGAUCAGAAUAUAAUAUAUUUUUUUACAUCAUACCACAAGACUGGGCAAGAAAACAAUAUUUGUAUCAUGAUAAAUAAACCUUUUGAGUACCUUUUAUAAAAGUAACUGUUACUUACAGUAGCAAGUAGGUGAUUGAAUGUUGAAGUACAUUUUCGUUCUAAAUUGUGCUGCUUUUACAUGUAAAGAAUGUGUUUUGUAGAGGUUUUAAAUAAAUAACAUUAUUCACAGCUUAUUUAAUGGUACUAGUAAACCUAUAGAUCAUUCCAUGUAUUGUGUGAAAAUGUCCAAAUAUUUGACCCACCUAGUGCAGAAUCCUUUAGUCCUAAUCAAUCUGCAAAUCAUGUAAAUGUCUGUAAGAUCAGGCAACCAUUCACAUGUGCAAAGUCACAGAACACAAAUUAUUUGCUAUUUGGAUAUAAAAUGAAGACAAUGAUUCACAGCUAAAGAUGAACAUUUUUUUAGUAUCUUUAGUAAUCAAACAAACAGGAGGUGGCGUACUGGACUGUAUUAAAGCAGCAGUCAUUGUUUUGGACUGGGUUACAUUAGCUAUUUUAGUCCUUCCAUGGAAAUUUGUCUUUUGAAUACAAAAGCAUGUACAUAUCACACCCAGCAACCUGCUUAUAAAAAUUUUUACCAGUAGAAUGAGACAGAACUUUCCAAAUACUUGAAAGAGUGUGGUGCUGAAUGAUCAGGUUAUGCAAUUGUACAGUAGCUGUGUAGGAAUCAAACUUUUGAAUGAAUCAUUAACAUAGUAAAUGUUUAUUAGUUAUGUUAAUUAUAUCACAGGUAAAUAAAGCCUUCUCAGAGUUAAGGUUAUCAUUUUACACUUUAUGACAUGCAUAUUUUAACAUAUAAUGACAAAGGUAGGUUAAGUACAGGAUAAUGUAAGCCUUCUUCAGGGACAUACCAAUACCAGCAUACUUAAUUUCUAUGAAAUCUUUGGAAAGCCUUCAUUUAACUAAUAUAUUAUGAAGAAUUUGGCUAAACUUUAGCUUUUGGUGAAAAAUAUGGACAGCUCAGACAGCACAAAAUUAGUAGCAUAAAUUAGUUGUGUGUACAGGCAAACAUUUGGACAAGCAAAUUAAACCACAUUGACAAGUCACAUUAACAUCGGGUGUGUUUACAUGGUUCGAUCAUGUACAUGGUGAAGAUAAAAACAUUGCAAGUUGCUUGCUUUCAUACGUUUGUUAAGUAAGAAAGCGGUUCCAUUUCCAGUAAAGCAAACUUCCGUUUCCUGUUACACUGGACACUUUUGACCAAGGUCUGUUACUGUGCACUCUAUCCUUUUCCAUACACUGGUAACACAGUGGGUUCUUUAGGCAUGUCAUCCUCCACCACAGGGAAUACAGAAAAAGAACUGAAAUAAAAGAAAUAAUUUCCAGUAGGCGUCCUCCCAGUUACUGCUCAGAUUUUCCCCUCACUAACUGGUACAGUAUCCAGAUGUGUGGGAGCCAACAAUUAAACCCUUAACUGCCCAGGUUUUUAUUCAGUUAUACAUCAGCUGUAUUAUUUAGUAAAUCCUGUAAGUAACUAUAAAUUAGUGCCAGCUAAUAGGAAAUAUGCAGUUAUGAAAGUAAGGAGGUGCAUAUAUAAAC